AUGGCUUACUAUGAUUAUAAAAAUAGUAUAGACGAAAAGAAAAAAAUAUUCCCAUUAAGAAAUUUUAUUGAUUUAUACGAAAUAAAAAAUAACAUAAAAUUAGACAAACAUGAGGUAAGUGAAAAUUGUACAUGUAAUAUUGAAACAAUGAAAAAAAAAAAUAAAAUAAUAAGUAAUACAAAAAAAAAUCGAAAAAAUGAGAAUUAUCCUGAUAUUGCUAAAUCAGUAUAUCCAAAAAUAAACGUUUAUAAUGAUAUUUAUAAGACAGCUAUUAAUGGAUAUUCUACUGAUUAUAAUAAUGAUGAAUAUAUGAAAAAAAACUGUAAAGAUAAUAAAGUUAAUUUUUCCAAAAGUAUAACAAAUUUGAAUAAAAAUAAAACUACGCCCAUUAAUUUAUUUAGUAAUAUGCGAGAAAAAAACAAUAACGAAAUAAACAAAAUAAAUACAUAUUACCAUGAAGAUAGCAAAAAAAAAAAAAAAAAAAUGAAUUAUGAUAAUAUAUUAAAUGAAGGUAAUAAUAAUAUCGAAAAAUUAAUGAAAAAUUUUAAAAACAAUAAAAGAAAUACCAAUUUAUUAUCUAUAUAUUUGGAUAAUUGUAAAUAUGGUAUUAAUAAUAAUUCCAAACAAAUAAAGUAUAAAAAAAGUAUGAACACAGCUAGCGAAAUGGGUAAGACAGAUACCAAAAUAAAAAAUAUUUAUGACAAUAAAUUUCUUCAAAAUGAAAAACAUGAAUAUGAUAAAAAUAAAGUAAAUAGCGAUAUAUUUUAUCAAUAUAAUAAUAAACACGAAAAUUGUAAUAUCAAUCGAAAUGAAUUAAAAAACAAUUCCCCUGAUGUCUUAAAGCAAAUUAACAAAACUGAAAAUACUCCUAAUAGUUUUUGGAAACACAAUUUUUAUGAUAAAAUAAAUGAUAAAAAUAAUUUAUUUAAUAAAAGUGAUGUAGAUGAAAAUAAAUACACUAGUUUCCAGAAUGAGGAAAUAAUAUUUCCUGAUUUCCUAAAAGAUUAUGAAAUGGAAAACAUAAAAAGAUGUGAUAAUAUAUCAAAUUCGCCAAUGAUUUAUUUAAAAAAAAAAAGUGAUAUAUAUGUAGAAAAAAAUAAAAAUAUAUACAAUAACAACAACAAUAAUAAUAAUGUUGAAAAAGAGUAUCCUAGCUAUAUGAAGGACAAAAAUGCAGGAAAUAUAAAUAGUGAUGCUUUCGAAAAAAAAAAUAAUACAAUACGUUUCAUAUCUUCAAAUAAUAAUCAAAAAGUAAAAAAUUUUCAUAAUAACAUUUCUAAAAACAAUGUAAAAACAGUACCUUUUUUUAUGUCAAAAAUGGAAAAAAAUGAUAUAAAGAAAGAAUGUAAAGAUAAUAUAAUUGAAGAAUUUAAAUGCAAAAGUGACAAUUCAAUUUUAGAAUAUAAUACAUCUAAUAAUGAAUGUAACAAAAUAAAAGUUUUAAAUAAAGAAAUAAAAAAUAAAAAUAUAUACAAUAAUAAUAUUGAAAAUGGUCAGUUGGCAUAUUUGGAUUGUAAUAGACAUAGAGGUAAUAGAAUUUUCACUGACAUUAUUCCACAAAUUAAGUUAAAAAAUAAUCUUGUGCAUAAUAAAAAUGGUGAGAUAGAAAUUGAUAGUGUUAAUAAGCAUGGCCAUAGUAAUAAACGCGAUCAUAGUAAUAAUAAUAAUAAUAAACGCGAUCAUAGUAAUAAUAAUAAUAGUAAUAGUAAUAGCAGUGAUAAUAGAUAUGAGGGCGGGAAGUCUAAAAAUUUAAGUGAUGAUAAUAUGUACCUUUUUCCAAAAAAAAAUAACAAUUUUCAUAGAAUAAUAGAAGGAAAUAUAAAAAACAAAUUAGAAACUAAUUAUCAUAUUAGGGAUGAAGAAAAUUAUGAUGAUUAUAUUGCGAGGAAAAAAGAUGAAAUACAUAGUGAGCAAGGUUUUAACAAUUUAAGAUGUUAUAUAAAUGGUUAUAAUAAUAAUGUGUAUGUUGUAAAAAAAAACGAAUUUAGAAAAAUAAUUGAUGGAAAUUUAUUUGAAAAUGGAAAAGAUAUUCCUUUUGAAUAUCCUUUAUCUGAAAUAGCUGAACUUAAUCAAAAUGAAAAUAAAAAUGUGUCUAAACUUGAAGAGUUUAAUUCUGAUACUAAAAUGGAGAUUUGUUCAAAAAAUGAAAAAAAAUGUAAAAAUUAUAAUUUCAUAUUUAAUAAUAAUGAUGAGAAUAAAGAAAGGGUGAAUAAUGUUAGUCCAGAAUUUUAUUACCAAUAUGAUAAUAUAAAUGAAAAUUGUAAUAAAAUAAAAUUAUCUAAUGUUUCGAAUAUUUAUUCAAAUUGUUUAUUUAAAGAAGGAGAUAACAAACAAAAUGUUAUUUCAGCAAAUCCACGUUUUCAAAUUGAUGGAAUAAAGAAUAUUUUGAAUUCACAAAAUGAAGUUAUUAAUUUAAGAGAAAAAAAAGUAGAAAAAAAAAUAGAAAAAAAAAUAGAAAAAAAUGAUACAAAUAAGAUAAAUGAUUUAAAAUAUAAAAUAUGUCUAAAUAAAAAUCACAAAAUAAAAAAAACAACAAAUUAUUAUAAUGAAUAUAAAACAUGUUAUAAUACUGUUGGGUCUACUAUUCCUUCCUACUUAUCUUUGAGUGAUGUUGAAAAUGAAGAAAACGAAAAAAUUGAAGAGAAUAAUAAUGAUUAUAUUAAGGCCGAAAUGGAAAGCGGUUUCAACGGAAUGGAAAACGAUUGCAAUAAAAUGAAAAACGAUUGCAAUAAAAUAAAAUGUUUCAUGCCAAACAAUGAUAGUUCAACAAACUAUACGAACAAAUAUUUAAACAAUGGAAACAGGAAUAAUAACAAUAUAUAUCAAAAUAAGUUUGACGAAAUAAAUAAAGAGAAACUAAUUUUUAGUAAUACAUUUUUUCAAAAUAUAACCAAAGAAAAUAAUGAAAAUAAUGAAAAUAAUUAUAUGAAAAAAAGUGAAGUAAAUAAUAAUAAUGCCCCAUUUCAAAAUUAUAAAAUUCACAAUUUAAUGAAAUUAAAUACAGAAGAUAUUUCAGUAUUGAAAAAUAAAGUUUCAAAAAAAAAUUCAGAUGUUAUUCCUAUAGUUAAGCUAGAAAAAGCAGUAAAAACGGGUUUCUCGACUUUAUCUUUUUCUGCUUAUAAUAAUAACAAAGGAAAUGUAAAAUCGCUUUAUAGUAGCAAAAGUAUUGUAAGUGUGUCUAAUAUAAAUAAAGAAAAUGUUUCCAUUUUAUCAAAUGAAAAUAAGGUUACUUUAGGAUUUCCAAAUUUAUUAUUACAUAAAAAUAAUAUUUUAAAUAAUCAUCAAUCAAUUACAAAAUUGCGAAAUAAUACAACAUUAAAUAAUUGUACAAAUUAUGAAAUGCUGCAAAAAAAUAUAAUUCCUAAAACAAGUUGUAUAUCUUAUGACAAUAUAAAAGAUAAAAAUAAAAUGCUCAAAUUUAGUGGCUUUUAUAAUAAAACACCUCAAAAUAUCACAAAUUCAAUAAAAGACAGAGAAGGUAAUAAGAAUAUACUAUCAAAUAUGGUAUUAUAUAAUAAAGUAAAAUGUGAUGAUAAUAUUUUAGUAAAAAAAAAAUUAUCAAUUUGUAAAUCAAUUAAUAAUAGUGAUAUAUAUAAUUAUUUGAAAAAUACACAUGUCAAUAGUUUAAAAAAUUAUUAUCGAACAACUUCAUAUAGAAAACAAAGUUUAAAAAAUGUUAAAUCAAUUACAAAAAAUAUAAAAUUAGUUCCAAAAGGCAAUGAUAUAAUUAGUAUGAAUCAUGAAAGAAAAAAUAAAAUCAUGAAUAAUACUAUCGAUUUACAUAAAUUUUAUUCUAGAUGUGAAAUAGAAUCUAUAGAUGUUGUUAAAAAAGCUGUAGUUAUUGGAUGUAAUUAUAUGGGAGAAAAAGAUUCAAUAAAUCAACUUCAUGGAUCAGCAAAUGAUGCAUAUGUUUUUAGUAGAGCACUAGUUAAAUAUUUUAAUUUUUUACCAGAAAAUAUUUUGCUGCUUAUUGAUAGUUUUCCAUCUAAUGCAUAUAUUUAUGAUGAUUUUGAUAUGAAUCGAACAAAAUAUAUAAAUGAAAAAAAUAAUUAUACUUAUAAUGAGGAAAAAAAGGAAAAAAAAUAUUUAUUUAAUUUGUUUAAUAAAAAAAAUAUAUAUGAUAAUAAAGAAGUGAGUAAUGAUUAUGAAAAUAAUAAUUCAUGUGUAGAUGUUGAUAUUAAAAAUGUGGAUUUGUCAUCUAAAAAUAUUGAUUUCAGUUUAUGGCCUACAAGAAUAAAUAUUUUGAAAGCAGUAAAUUGGCUAGUUAGAGAUUCAGUUCCAAAUGGUUCUUAUGUUUUUUAUUAUGCAGGAAAAAGUAUUCAAGUUGAUAAUAUGAGUGGAUGGGAAGGAGAAGGAUAUGAUGAAGCUUUUCUUUGUUCUGACCCUGUUAAUAAAAAUGAAGAAGAUAAUAUAUUAACUACUAUUCAAUUAAAAGAUUUAUUAUUAAGUAUAAAUUCAACUGCUCAAAUGACUAUAAUUCUAGAUACAUCAGGUGGGCAAACAAUAUUAGAUCCAGCUGGGACAGAAAAUUCAUCAUAUAUAAAAGGUUGUAAACAAAAAGGAAUAUGGCCAAUUACUAAUCCUACUAAUAAAGUUUACAAAGCAAUAUAUGAUAUAACAAUACUUGAUAAUAAUUCUAUGAAAAAAUAUAUGUGUAAAUCUAGAUAUUCUAAAUUAAUAGAAGUGGAUUCUACAUCUGCUAUGAUAGAUCCUUUGUUACAAUCAAUUUCUUCUUUCCCACUUCCUACAAAAGCAUAUUGUUUAUGUGCAGCUACUUGGGAACAAAUUUCCAUUGAGGGUUUAUUUCCUAUUUUUGAGUUUGCAAGGAUAGCUCAAAAAAAAAAAAAAAAAACACUUUCCAAAUCGAUAGAAAAUAAAAAUGGUGAUAAUAACAUGAAAGGAAAUAACGAAGAUGUUGAGAAUGAUUCACAACAUAUGUUAGACAAUAGUAGUCAUUUAAAUAAUGUAAAGAAAAAUAUGUACGAACCAAACAUUAGUUUUAAUAUAAAUUCUUUAACAAAAUUUUUUACUUUAAAUAAUAAAAAUAUUGAAGAUAACGAUUCUGAAAUUGAAAAAGGAAAAGAAAAUAGUUCCACAAAUAAAAUCUCUAAUAAUUUUGAAGAAAAUGAUAAUGAAUAUAACAGUAACAAAUUUAAUGGUAAUAAUAAUUAUGUACUUGUUUGUCAUGGUGUUUUUACUUAUUGUUUAAUUGAGUCAAUUAUGGAAUUUAAAAAAAACGAAUUAAAUAAUAAUAUUUUCGAAACAGAAUUCCAACAAUGUGCUCCAAUGACAUUAAAAAAUUUAAUAAGCCAUGUUCAAAAAAAAAUUCAAAUUAUAAAAAAUAAAAAAUUAAAAAAAUUAAAUCAAAAACCUGAAUUUACUAUACACCCUGGUGCAAAUGCAAGUAUUAAUAAUUAUUUUAUUCAUUAUUCAAAAAAUAUAAAUUUUCAAGAUUUUAAAUAUUUUUAUAUGAACGAAGAUAUGUCACCAUUUUUAAAUGUUAAUAAAGCAUGGGAAGAAAUUAAUAAAAGAACAUUAAGAAAUAGAAAAUUAUUAUAUGCUACUUCUACGUUAGUUAAUACAUCGUCAAAAUAUCUUACUCAAACUAAUCAUAAAAUAAAAAAUUCAUGUUCUCUAAAAUAUUAA